AUGUCUUCUUCCUCGUCUGAGAAGAUACCUAAGAGACGGUUCUUUAAACGUAAAGGGAAUGCGGUUUCGUGCAGUACACCGGUAAGAAAAGGAGUUCCACUUCCACGUAAUACAAGUAUUUCGGAGAUUAAUACAAGUUCAUCUGGGGGUAUGAAAAGGCAGAGAAAACAACGAAAAGAAAAGACAAAGCCGAAAGGUAACAAAGAGUUGAAGAGAAGACGACAGAGGAAGACGUUUUUGCGGACAGAAAUUAGCGAGGAAUGGGAAACAGAACCAGAAACAGAAACUUUACAAAAAUCUGCGAUAAGGAAGUCCAUUUUUAUAUCGAAGAACGAUGUUGUCUUUGAAGAUGCAGGAACUUCAAAAAAUACUCAACAAUCUCCUCAGUUACCCGAGACUGAUGUUCUUUUUGCCGAUCUUCGAUCCCCAGAAGAAAUUCGAAGAGGUACAAAUUUCAUUGAAGAUCGGGCAAUAUCACCGAUUCUUGCAUCGGCAAGACGAAGGAGAAGAAAAAGCAGAGUGAGUGUAAAAAGACUUAGCUUUGGAGACAAAGAAGAAAUAAUACCAGCGAAAAAACAGAAACGGUCUUUAGGCAUACCACUACCUGCAGAAAGUUUAUUACCUGGAUUAACCGAUCGUGAUGAGGUGGAGUCACUACCUUUAGUACUACAAAAUGAAAAUACGAUUAGAACGUAUCCGUGUUCCAAAAAGUCGAAGCGAUACAAUAAAAAUGUGAUGAGCUACGAUCAAAGUGCCGAUGCGAAUUUGUACAGAUUGUUUCCAACAGCUUAUAGUAAUUUUCUGUGGGAUAAAUUUAUUAGCGAGAACUACGACGAAGUUAAGAAAUAUCUUCGACCGGCGGACGAUGAAAAUCAGGCACCGAGCUCGAAAAUUUCAGAUGAGAUUCCGAAAAUGCAAAAGUCUAAAACAAUGGGUGAAAAGUACGGUAGAAAUAUGAAUGUCAACGUGGGAGUCUUAGAUAUGUCUACCGGAAAAUGGAAGGAGAAAUAUGUGUAUAUCACUUCCGAAGAUGAUGAAAAUUUUAACAAAGCAAUUAAAAAGAGAACAUAUCGGAAUAAAUCUCAAACUACAAAAAGAAAGAUUUUGAGGCUACAAGAUGUUUGGCGUACUUGCAAUAAAAUACGAGCGGCGAUAUUUCGCGUGGGUUUUAAUUUAUGGGAUUUUUAUAAACCGUUAGAUCCUAAUAAUAAUUGUUUAAUCUCAGAGUCAAAGUUCAUUUCGGUGUUGGCUGGCCCAUUGAAGGAUCAGAUUGGCUUAGCCGACAAAGAAAUUUGCGACCUGGCCGAUUAUUUUCGGGUCCAAGAUGGCAGAAUACUUUAUACGCAAUUUUGCGACAUUAUUCAUAGCAGUGCUCCUGAAUUUGAUAAAAAUAAGCCACUCGUCACUGGUUUGGAGUGGGAAGAUCCUGAGCACGUAAAUCGAAUAAGUGCGACCGAAGAUCGAAAAUUAUGCCUUAUUCUAACUCAGAUUGCCGUUCUCGUGAACAAAAGGAGGCUUGUACUGAGGCCUUACUUUCAAGAUUACGAGCUGGUCUCGAAAAAUGCUGGAACUGUGACGUUUACACACUUCGGGCGGAUCCUAAAAUUUUUAGGCAUCGUCCUCGCCUCCGAAGAAUUUCGUUUACUCAUAAAAAGAUUCGCGAAGGACGCUUACACGGUCAAUUACGUCGCCUUCUUGAAGGCGCUCGACGAAGUUCAAGCUUAUUUCGACAAGCAUCAGAUGCUCGCUCUUGGUGGAGAAUUAGUUGACCAAUUCCCUGGUCGAAUCAUCACGGCUGAAUUACCGAAACUGCCGAGACCCGAGAUUGGUAAACUUUCGCCGAGCAAACUAUUCGGUAAACAAUCGGUGUUCCAUCCCGUAAUGGAGGAAGCUAAAAGUACGAUACCUUUGAUGGAAGUUAUUCGACGUAUUCAGAGGCACAUUCUUGAAAGUCGGAUACGGAUUUCUGAAUUUUUCAAGAGCUUCGAUCCUCUGAACGCGGGUAAAGUGACGAUUACUAAGUUUAGGAGAGGCUUGGACAGUCUUCAGAUUUCCAGCAUAGGACGUCUUUAUCUCGCGGAGCCGGAAAUUGACGCGUUAAUUACACUUUAUAAAGAUCCAAAUGAUCCAGAUCGUGUGUGUUGGCGUACGUUCGAAGACGACAUCGAUAAAGUGUUUACCGUGAAGGAACUUGAAAAAUUGCCGAAUUUAAAGGUUGAGGCGCCUCCGAAGGAGAUAGCAGAACUUGGACGAAAAGGAGUGGCCGACUGGCAAUGCGAAAAGCCGGGUGUCAGAGAGCUUUGCGAGGAAGCGUUGUUAAAAGUUCGACAUCGCGUCAGCGAGAGGAGGAUCUUCAUAAAACAGUUCUUCAAGGAUUACGAUCGAUUGAAUACAGGCCACGUGACACGUGCGCAAUUACGGCGAAUUCUAAGAACCGCUGCUCUAUUGCUCUCUGGAGAAGAGGAGUUUGCAUUAGAACAGAGGUACAACGAUGACUUGGGCUUCAAUUACAAUUGGUUCUUACAAGAGCUUGAAGCUAAACCCAUCGAAGAACCCUUGUAUCACACGAUGCUGAAGGAGACGAGACAAGUGAACGCUGAAAAACCACCGGCAGAACCGUCGUCUGACGAGACGAAUAUCGUUUUAAUUCUGGCUAAGAUCAAAGCGAAAAUUGUACGCGACAGGAUUAAGGUUACCGAGUUCAUGAGCCAAUACGAUCCAAGGAAGGAACAAGUUAUAAAAAGAACGGAAUUUCUACGAGGUUUAGAUCAGCUACGUUGUAACUUGAGUUGCGCAGAAAUGGGAACUAUCAUGAAAGUUUUCCAAUCGCCUGUAAGGCCGGAGUAUGUCGAUUACGUGAAAUUUGGAGAACUAAUCGAGGAAGCUGUCGCCAUGGGUAGCUUAGAACGGGCUCCACUUCUGGUACCCGUGCAGCACGUGCCUUCGGAAGCUUCACCGAAAACAUUUUUGAAUUUCGACGAGAGGCAUCUAGCUACGACUGCAGUGCAGAAGCUGAGCGGAGCGCAACAACCGAAUCUCGAGGAAUUAUUCAAGGAUUACGAUAAAGAAAAUAUUGGCACGAUCUCGAAGGAGUGUUUGAUCAAAGCUCUGUCCGUUAGGCGUAUGUUACAACUAAUCAGUCAAAGAGAGCUAGACGCGAUGCACAAAUGCUUCUCCGUGGAGAGAGGCGGUCGUUUAGAACUCGAUUAUCGAGCAUUCUUACGAGCUUUCUAUCUGAUGCAAGAGAACAGAAAACAUUUACCAUUCUAAAUAAUUUCAGCUUCGAAAUAAUAAGUAAAGGACGUUUUUAUCGUGAUUUAAAGUUGU